CCAAAACUCAUCCAUCUCUCAAACAAUUUCUCCUUCUCCAACAUAUUCAAUGGCUAAUUCUCUCCCACUUUAUGAAAAAACAGCCAUCAAAAGACGGACCCAUAAGGCAUUGGAUUUAGCCAACCUCUUCCUCCUGCUUUCACUACUACCCUAUCGUCUCUUCCUCUUAUCCACCCAUGGCUUCUCCAACCUCCAAGCCAUGCCCUUCCUCUGCGAGUCCUGGUUCGCCUUCGUCCGCCUCCUCUCCAUCAUCACCAAAUGGAACCCCGUCGACUUCCAAACUUACCCUCAACGCCUCCUCAAACGGGAGGUGGAGCUUCCGGCGGUGGACAUAUUUGUGACGACGGCGGAUCCGGUGCUGGAACCGCCGAUAAUAACGGUGAAUACAGUGCUGUCUUUGAUGGCGUUGGAUUAUCCGGCUAAUAAACUGGCUUGUUAUGUGUCUGACGACGGCUGUUCUCCUCUCACCUUGUAUGCGCUUAGUGAAGGAUUGGAAUUUGCAAGGAUUUGGGUUCCGUUUUGCCGUAAAUAUGAGGUUGAAGAACGGGCUCCGUUUAGGUACUUCUCGAAUGCCUCCACACCGCCUUAUCUUCACAGCUCUUCAGAAUUCCAAAAUGAGUGGAAAAGAGUGAAGGUGGAGUAUGAACGGGUGGAAGGCAAAAUCAAGGAAGCAGAACACGACAGAUUUAGUUCACGUCAAGAUUUGGCUCCCUUCUCUCAUGUUGACACCAAAAAUCAUCCCGCCAUUAUAAAGAUAUUAUGGGAGAACAAGAAUGAUUUAGAUGAACUUCCACAUUUAAUCUAUCUUUCGAGGGAGAAAAGUCCAAAACACCCUCACCAUUAUAAGGCGGGUGCUAUGAACGUUCUGACAAGAGUGUCGGGAUUAUUAACAAAUGCUCCUUAUAUACUGAACGUGGACUGCGACAUGUAUGCCAAUAAUCCCAAAGUCAUUUUACAUGCAAUGUGCGUAUUCUUCAACUCCGAAGCCGAACCAAAAGAGAUUGGAUACGUUCAAUCUCCCCAAUGCUUCUACGAUGGCCUGAAGGACGACCCUUUUGGGAAUCAACUCGUUGCUUUAUACGAGUUCUUUGCACGAGGGAUCAUGGGAAUUCAAGGACCGUUCUAUAGCGGAACCGGGUGCUUUCAUAGACGAAAGGUCAUAUAUGGUCAAUGGCCUCACCAUGAAGGAAAAGCUUCGGAACAAGAAUUACUGAAAUCAUUUGGGAAAUCAAAAGCUUUGGCAAAGUCAGCAGCGUUGACUUUUGAGGAUAACGCUUGUGGGUAUCAUUUGAAAGGCCUUGUGAACAAUCUUGAAGCAGCAAACCAAGUGGCUGGAUGUGGCUAUGAGAUUGGCACUGCUUGGGGUUCCAAGAUCGGGUGGAUCUACGGAUCGACGGUGGAGGAUAUCCAAACAGGAUUGAUGAUUCAGAAACGAGGGUGGAGAUCUAUUUACAUUGCCUUAGAUCCGCCAGCCUUCUAUGGUUGUGCGCCGUCGGAGCUUCCUGCUUCAUUGACGCAGCAGAAGCGAUGGGCCACGGGCUUACUUGAAAUUUUGUUCAGCAAAAACUGUCCCAUUUUCGCCACGCUAUUUGGGAAGCUGGAAUUGAAGCAAUGUGUAGCGUAUUUAUGGCUCCUCACUUGGGGCCUUCGUUCCAUUCCAGAGCUUUGUUAUGCAAUGCUACCAGCCUAUUGUCUCAUCACAAACUCUCACUUCUUCCCCACUGUGAGAGAGGGAGCAAUGAUCAUCCCAAUCUCCAUCUUCAUCCUCUACAACUUUCAACAGUUAUUACAGUACUUCCAAACAGGUCAAUCACUAAGAGCUUGGUGGAACAACCAGAGAAUGGAAAGAGUAAACACAAUGUGUCCAUGGUUAUUGGGAGUAGCAAACGUGGUUCUAAAGCUUUUAAGAAUAUCAGAAACCGUGUUCGAAGUAACCAAGAAAGACUCAUCUUCUUCCAACACUGAUGAAAGGACAAAGCUUGAAGAUUCAAAUCACUUCACAUUCGACGAGUCGCUGCUCUUCAUUCCAGGCACAACCAUUGUGCUGGUCCAAGUUAGUGCACUACUCAUGAGCUUGACACGAGCGAGAGGUAGCGGUGUUCUUGAGGUGGCUUGCAGCGUGUGGCUAGUUUUAUGCUUUUGGCCAUUUUUAAAGGGGAUGUUUCUCAAAGGAAGAUAUGGGCUUCCCUUGUCUACUAUCUACAAGUCAGCUGCCUUGGCUUUGUUCUUCCUUCAUUUAUGCCAAAAAAACAACCCCAAUUGAGCGAGUAUAGAUCAAGUUUUACGGUUUA